AUGGCUUUUAAUCUGGAAGUGUGCUAUGAAUACAGGAAUGGGAGGUCAUAUAGUAUGAGCCAUUGGACAACAGGUAUUCCUCAUGGACCUAGGAUGACCCAUGGACAGCAGAACUCACCUGUCGGAAUUCAUGUAGGAACACCCUGCUUGUCUUCAAAUAGCAGCACUGAAAGCCUAGCUGUUGGAAACUUGUCUGCCAGCCUGCACUUAAAGGUGCCCCUGGGAGGAGGGACCUCCAAGGUUGCUCCUGAGAGCAACAUCGACAAUACUGUUUACUUUCCUGCCCUAAGUCCCAAGAAACAAGUGGUUACAAAUGAGAAACCCUUAUUACAAGUCCCACAGCCCCCAGCUUCAGCCCCACUGUUUUUGAAGCCAAAACAGCAAGAAUUUGGAGAUACUUUUUCCCCAUGCAGAGGUGAAGGAGGUCUUGGUUACGGACAUGAGCACAAGUCCAUUGGAAAAGGCAGCUACAACAAUGCAGUAGUCACCAGCAUUCCCAUGACAGUUCAACAGUUGGGACCUCUUCCACCUUCUGCUCAUCAGGUUUCAACAGCAUGCAGCCAGAUCAGCCCUAGCUUACAGAGGUCUAUGGAUGCUUCCAGCCUGAGUGUUCCUCUGUCAGAUACAAGGUCUCACUUGUCACAUGAGUCUCUGACAUCUACAACAUUAAGCUUCUCAGAACGUCAGUCCACUUUGGGCGUUAAACAAGAGUGGUCACAUGGGUACAGGACACCUCCUUCUGUCCCUCUUGACCAUGGUUUACAAAAUGGCACUGAGCUGGGGGAUCUAGUAAAUUUUUCACCUGAAACAUAUAUGUCCAGUAACUGCAUCUCUAACUCAUUAUUGUCCUACUUAUAUGGCAUGGAAAAUAAGCAUUCCCUUUACUCUAGUCCUCAUCAUUCCUCAGCCCCAUCUCAGCCAGUCCGCUCCAAAAAGAGAGCACUGUCUGUGUCUCCUCUGUCUGACAGCAUUGGGGUCAAUUUCAAUACAAUCAUCCGUACAUCCCCAACCUCUCUGGUGGCCUACAUCAACAGCUCCAGAACGUCACCAGCAAACAUUUCCCCACAGCCUGAGGUCUAUGGACAUUUUUUGGGAGUGCGAGGAAGCUGCAUACCCCAAAAUUGCUCUAUUCCAACUGCACAGAAAGGCCUCCUCAUGGCGAAUGACAAUGUCACCUUCCCAGGGUAUGCUGAGAAUGGGGCCGGUGAGUACCAGCAGAUGCAGCAGCUGGAGCAAGCCAGCUUGCAGAUGACUGCCACAGGUAACAUGGUGAUCCAGCAGGGCAUGCUGCCCACAGACAGCCAGGCAGUGGGAAUCCUGAGAAACGAACAACUGGAUGACUUCUCAGGCCCUAUGGUGGACAUGUCUCCUCCACCCCUGCAGCCGCCGCCACCUCCUCCACAAGGGCCGCCCCCGCCAUACCACGCGCAUCAGCACCAGCAUUCACACAGCCUGCCCAGCCAUGCUCACCCACUGCAUGUGCCUCCUCCUGCCCCAGGCUCCCUGCUGGAUGAAGAGGGUGAGCUAGAUGAUCUCAGCAGCAAACAUGGCUGUCUCUGGGUUGACUGUGGUAAGCUGUAUGACCAGCAAGAGGAACUCGUGCGGCACAUAGAGAAGAUUCACAUAGACCAGAGGAAGGGAGAGGACUUCACUUGCUUCUGGGCAGGGUGCCCUCGAAGGUACAAGCCAUUUAAUGCCCGUUAUAAACUGCUGAUUCACAUGAGAGUCCAUUCAGGAGAGAAACCAAACAAAUGCACAUUUAAGGGUUGCAAGAAAGCCUUUUCCAGACUAGAAAAUCUCAAGAUUCACUUAAGGAGCCAUACAGGUGAAAAGCCGUACCUCUGCCAACACCCUGGCUGCCAGAAAGCAUUCAGCAACUCCAGUGACCGCGCCAAACACCAAAGGACACACUUGGAGACUAAACCUUAUGCGUGUCAGAUUCCAGGAUGUACUAAGCGAUACACCGAUCCAAGUUCCCUGAGAAAGCAUGUGAAAGCCCAUUCUUCUAAAGAUCAACAAGUCAGGAAAAAGUUACAAUCAAGCUCAGAGCUUGGCCAGGACAUCCUGAAUGACUGCCUUGCAAUCCAGACCCUCCAGCCAGCCCUAUCACCACAUGACACUGCAGAUAAUUCCAUGGGAUACUCCACAGGGCCUGUUCAUAAUAUUUACCCAGCAGCCCUGAUCUCCAGCACACAGACCAGUCAAAGUGCUACUGCAACUGGGGCAGUGUCCUUGUCCCACCCCAGCAGCCACCACUCCCCAGGACAUAAUGCACAGGGUAGUCCUCUCCAUCCUCCCCCCCAGAUACCUCUUCUCUCAGCUGCGGUCUCAGAGAGGUUUGUUGCUCCAGCUCCUUCUCCUCAUGACAUCAGCCACCAGAGAAUGUCUGCUCCACAUCCCAUGUCGCAGAGACAGACUCCACAACCUCCCCAGCUUCAACAGCCUGCAGGAUUGCCUCUAAAGACAUACCAGCCAGCAGAAAGCCCUUUUUUUCAACCAAAUACCGUCCACAUCCAGGGUUUAUAUGGGCAACUUCAGACUUUCUGCCCUCCACAUCAUGCUGAUGCUCAGAAGAAUGUACAACAUGGUGUUUCUUGCAAUAUGGUUCCUCCUUUUGAAGACUGCUUAGCUCCCACAUCAGCGGGCCAGGCAGGGCUUGGCCUUUUCCAUCGAACUUUUUCAGGUCAUUCUGGUAUCACAGUGUAUGACUUUCCAGCAGGGUCCAUAGGUAUCUUUGGUGAUUCAGCUUGCAGCACGCCAGAGGACAGCAGUUUUCUACAAGUAAAUGCAGUGGAUCGUCGUUCUAGCCAGCUUUCUUCCGUGUACACUGAAGGCUAAAGUAAUAUAAAUCUAGUUACAAGAACUUCAUUCCAUUUCAACUUGCCCUUCUUGUAUUUCUCCACAAAAUGUUUCUCUCCGUGAAACUGCCACGUAUGUAUGGGGAUAUGACUGGAUAUACAUACAUAAUGGAGAGGAAAAAAGCAAUCACUGAGAAUUCUUCAUUUAAUCAAGCUCCAACUGAGAAGGGGAAUGUUUGGAGAAAGCAAGCUUUGCCAAAACCUUAGCAAUUGUUUCUUUUCUUCUCAUCUGUGGCACAGCAACUCUAUUUUUUUAUUAUUUCUUCUUUGCAAUUUCUCAAAGGGAAUUCAGAGACCAAAUAAGAAAACUGCUUGUUAGCUGCAAUCCUUUCAAGCUGAAUGGGUGCACUUACUGAAGAACAAAGCUUUAGAAAAUACGUUUUUCAAAAGAGGAAAAGAAGUAAAACUAGAGCAUACUACAAACCAUUUCAAAGGCAUACAGCUUUUUGCACAACCUGUUUGCAUGUGAUGCUUCCGAAGGUAAACACACACCAGUAUCCAGAAGGGAGAGAAAUUAGACAUAUAAGUUUGCACUCCCCAUUGGACGUGGUGAUGUGGCUUCUUUUUGGAGUCAAAGAUCAUUGGUACUGGAUUUCUUACAGGCCUCGAGUUAUGUGUCUCUUCCUUCCCUCUGUAUUUUAAGCCAUACAAUAUGGCUGUUGCUGUUUUUCCAAUAUUCAUUCCAACCCAAUGCUUUAAGCAUGAAUAAGAAGGGUUCAACACACGAGAAUUUACAUAGACUUUGUCUCUAUUUAGCACAGAUGCCAGAUAAGAAUAAGUACAUUUUAACUUUCUGUUGCCUUUUAAUUAUAUUGUAGAGCUUUAUUGCUGUACAUGCUAUAGUAUUCUGUAGGGAGGUUUAAAACACUGCGUAGGAAAGAUUCUUCCUUAAAUUCUACAGAUUUUUUUAAAAAACAAUUUGUAUUGAUUCAAUUAAAUUUUUAUUGCCCUAAUAUUUUCUAUAACACAUUUUCAGAAAGAACUGCUCUUAGGUGUGCUGUGUUCCCUGUGCUUACUUAGAGGUAAAGCUGAACUGGUUUGGUGGUUUUGAUUUUCCUACUCAGUGUCAGGCUCUAGUCCUUGAAUUUAGUCCAGGAUGAAAGCAAAUGUGUUGCCCUUCAUGAAAGGUACCAAGAUUAUGAGUUAAAUCCAGUAUUUUGCAGUGAAGACAUGCCAUCACUGUGAUCCUGUGUACCUUGGAAACAACUCUUACAUUAUGCAGAACUGAGUAUUUACGUGAUUAAUUCCUGUUCAUCUAUUUUGUAGACUUCUUAACUGUGUAGUGUGCAUCUUAACAUUCUCAUGACCUGAUACAGUAAGGACAGAAAUUCAGUUUGUUCUUACAGGCUAGUCCGCAACUAUGCUUCUGAAAUCACUCUUCUGGAAAGAUGAACAUUAAAAAAAUGUUUAUACAAACUCUUUUUUUUAUGCAAAAAUUUUUUGAGUUUUUCAGUGCAUUUGGCUCAGAUUCAUAAUUUGCUAUUAUGUUGAAUAGGUGA